CGCUGGCAAAUACGCUUUCCGGCGGGCGGGUCGAGGAGGGAGGUUGCUAGUGGAGGCGUGAAUUUGCCUUUGGGUGCAACGCGGUCGUGUUUUGUACCUUGGGGGCCUCCUUGGCGAAGUGAGCACCCCGACUCAGCAUGCCGGGCGUGAAGCUGACUACACAGGCCUACUGCAAGAUGGUGCUACACGGCGCCAAGUACCCGCACUGCGCGGUCAACGGGCUUCUGGUGGCCGAGAGGCAGAGGCCGCGCAAGGAGCAUCCGCCGGGCUCAGGCAGCCACACUCUCUUCGUGGACUGCAUCCCGCUUUUCCACGGCACGCUGGCCCUGGCGCCCAUGCUGGAGGUGGCACUCACCCUGAUCGACUCAUGGUGCAAAGAAAACAGCUAUGUGAUCGCCGGCUAUUAUCAAGCUAAUGAGCGUGUGAAGGAUGCCAGCCCAAACCAGGUGGCAGAGAAGGUGGCCUCCAGGAUCGCUGAGGGCUUCAGUGACACUGCACUCAUCAUGGUGGACAAUGCCAAGUUCACGAUGGACUGCGCAGCACCUACAAUCCAUGUCUACGAGCACCAUGAGAACAGGUGGCGAUGCAGAGACCCACACCACGACUACUGUGAGGAUUGGCCAGAGGCACAGAGGAUCUUAGCAUCGCUCCUGGACAGCCGUUCCUAUGAAACACUUGUGGAUUUUGAUAACCACCUGGAUGACAUUCGGAACGACUGGACAAACCCUGAGAUCAACAAAGCAGUUCUGCACCUGUGCUAGAAGAGAGCCACCACAACUGGACACUGCAUUACAGAGAAGAGAAAAACCUAUUUUUAAAUUUCGAGUAAUAGUGGACUAAAGUCUGUGGUGUGUGCCUUGGAAGGGAAGUCCAAUCGGCAUCCUUCAGGGGAAGGGGAGUCCAAUCGGCAUCCUUCAGGGCAGGGUUGUGGAGAGGUGUAGGCCGCCUAGGCUUUGGGUUCUUUUUCUGUGCUGCCCAGUCCUGCCCAUCAGAGCUCUUUCUGCUUGUCCCAGUUGUUCCCAUUAAACAGUUCUAGCCUUUUAUAAUCUAGAAAGGGUGCAUUUCCGUCUUUACUCUGGUGAGUGUGUAAUGCAUCAGGCAGCCUCGUGGACUGUUGGAGCAUCAUCUGAUCAGCCAAGUUGGUGUCAAGGCUAGGAGCUGUGGGCUCCACAAAGCUGCACAGGGGAAAGAGCCAGCACCGCUGCCUGAGAAACCUCACUGUACAGUGAACACAGCACAUUGGUAAUGAGAACCAAGAUGCCAUGAGGAGAGGAAGCUGAGACCUUGAACAUUCCCAAAACCUGACUCAGCUGCUCUGGGUCUUCAGAGUGAGACCUGCUUUGUAUUUAAAAUAAACAAAAAACAAACAUACAAAAAGAAAAAAAAAAAAAACCCUAGUGUUCAGUGUCUCUGGGAUGUCCCAAGCAAUGUGCUUGUUAGCUUGGAUCAUUUGACCAAGUGUUCUGACCAUCUUAGGAAAUAGUAAGAAGACUUUUGGUGCAUUGUAUGUUGUCCUUUGAACUGUUACACAGAGAAAUAGUGCCUUUCCUUAGGCUUCAUGAGGCUGGUGGCAAGGGUUGGUGACAGCAUUCUCCCCUUCAUUCCAGCACCUCUUCUUGCCUUUAACUGUUUUGUUUUGCUCUUGAUAUUGUUUGUUGGCUGGGGGAAGUGUUCAGUUUCGGUGACUAAGAAUAUACCUUUGCCGUCCUGAUUGACUUGGUGUUGGCUAUCAUGUGGAGGAGCCUGGCCUUGAACGUGCAGUGAUCCCUCUGCCUUUGCUUCUCAGUUACUGUGAUCAGCACCCCUCCCAGCUCUCCUUAACCUUUCAAACUGACCUUGUCAGUUCCUGAACUAAGGAAGGUUGAGACACCAGUCACCAUCCUUCCUCACCCUCAUACAGAGAGGGCUUUUCAGGCUCCUCUGUAUCUGAGGACAGCCGUUGGCAUGUGCUGGAGCCAGAGUUGGGCAGCAGCUCACAGUUCUUCUGUCCAAGCCAGAUAUGGUGCCCAUGCCUGUGUCCUAGCACAGAAGGGGAGGAUCUCAAGUUUGAGUCCAAUUCUUCGUAAUGAGUUUCAGGCCAACUGUAGAGUGAGAACACGUUCUGAAAACGAAAUCUGAGGGCUGCAGGUCACUUGCGUACCUUGUCUUCAGGGACAACUCCCUUAGAGCUGCAGCUGGCAAACAGUUCUGUAUAACUCGCACGUCAAAGAACAGGAAGCUGAGGCAAGAGCUGAAGCAGAAGCCAUGGAGGAACUUACUAGGCUCGUUCUCUGAGGUUUGUUCAGCCUGCUUUCUUACAUGAUUCAGACCAUAUGCCUGAGAGUAACACCACUCAGUGGGCCCUUCCACGUCAAUCAUUAAUCAAGAAAAUAACCCACAGACCUGUCUACAAUCUCAUGGUAGCAAUUCUUUAAUUGAGGAAGGAGGUGACUAGACUAUUAUCAAGUUGACAAAACUAACCUGCAAAGUAUUUGUCAGGAUUUUCUAGAGAAACAGUUGAUGGGAGUGUUUCUUAUUCUAUAGAUACAUUUAUGUAAAAUGGGAUUUAUUAGAGUCACAGGUAAUGAUCCAACUAUUCCAACAAUAUCUGGCAACCAGUGGAUAAUUCAAGAAUCCAGAGUUCAGGGCUGGAGAGAUGGCUCAGUGGUUGAGAGCACUGGCUGCUCUUCCAGAGGUUCUAAGUUCAAUUCCCAGCAACCACAUGGUGGCUCACAACCAUCUGUAAUGAAAUAUGGCGCCCUCUUC